AUGCUUGUACUGCUGACUGGAUCACAGUCUCUAGCGAUGUGCUGUCGAUUUGCGUGGCCAUGUCGCUCCAUCAGUAGAAAAGAGAACAGCGGACAGUUGCUUGAUCCGUUCCCGCCUGGAAUCGGUGGAGACAAGGAUGGAGGGACAGCUCUACACGUUGCUGAUAAUGUUGAGGUUAUUGAUUAUUUGUUGAGCAUUGGUCUCAACACUGAAGAUCGUGAUGAGGCUGGCUACACACCAUUUCUCAGGGCAUGUGGUAAUUUUCACUUACCUAAAGAUGGAUCAACUGCAUUACAUGUGAUCUGUUCAGCCAGUUAUCUUACUGAUGACUAUUUAUCAAUUGUGAAGCUGUUAACAUCUUCUGCUUAUGAUGUGUCAGCUAAGAACAAUCGUGGCAGAACUGCAAUUCAAGUAGGAGAAGAAAAGUUGCAGUCAGAUUCGGCCGAUAGAAAAGAAACUCGUUCUGCUAUUCUUUCCCAUCUCAAGGAAUGUAUUGAGAAGAGUGCUGUUGCAGCUGUAAAUCCAUCACCAGAUGUUGCAGAGAGUUCUUCUGAAGAGAGUGAUGUUCAACUUCCCAGUGCUAUUGAUCGUCUCGGUCCAACUGUUAAGGCCGAUUUUGAAGUUGCUGUCAAGAAGGGGAAGUUGCGAAUAAUGCGAGGGAACAUUGACAUGUUUGGUGAAGAAGAUGCAGGCAAGACGACAUUGGGAGAUGCUUUUCUAGAUCAGCCAUUUAUAGAGAAGAGGGAAAGUACGAGAGGAGCAAACGUGAAAGUGAUGAGAACGGGAGGCGGUCCAAACACAACCUGGAAGGAACUGAAACCAAAAGAGAAAGAAGAGAUCAUUGAUCAAGUUCUUGUCAGAGGCUUUCUUGCAUCUAUUGAAAGCCAGCAACAAAUUGAGGCCCCAGAGCAGACACAAGAUGACAAUGGAGAGGUAGCUAUUGGAGAGACAUUCCAAGAAGUAGAACAGCAGCCAGCAGGUAGUACCAGCAAGGUAGGUUUACCGACCGCCAGACAAGCAACUAGAAGAGAAGGCAACAUGACAGGAUUGAGGAAGUCGCUACUCGAUUUGUUGUUUUCUAAAGAAUUAACCGAGGAGCAAGCAAAGUUAGCAGAGAUGCUGCGUCAUGACAAAGCUGCAUUAGUGGAAAGUGAAAAUAUGAUGUUGAUCACAGUGUGUGAUCGCGGCGGUCAAGAGCAGUUUCUGAUGACACACGCAGCAUUGAUGGCAGACAACAGUCAGCACAGUGCAACCGCUUACAUGAUAGUGAUGGAUGGAACAAAGAGUCUUGCAGAUGCCAUACCUCACUGUUUGUAUCGACCAGAACAAGGAAGCGAGCAGUUGGUCGUGCCACGAUUUGGCCCUACGACGAGACGUGAGCUGUUGGCUUAUCACAUGAAUGCCAUCAAGAUGGCACAUCCAGUAGUGGGUUGUGGUCCUUUUCUUGGUCAGGGUUAUAUUGAUCAAGCACCAGUUACAUUUGCCAUGUCGACAAGACAAGACAAAACAAAGGACAUGGAUCCACAGUUUUUAGAUAAACAGGAAGAAAUAUUGCAAGACAUUGUACAGAAGAACAAGUUUGGUGGUCACAUGAUGCUGGCAGAAGAAAACCCAAACAAACUGACUUUUUGUGUUGACAACACACGAUCAGGCACUGGCAGUCCGGAUCCGGUGCUAAUGAAAGUGAAGGAGAUAUUUGUAGCAAUGGUGCGGUCACUGUGGAGUCAACGAGAUGCUAUUCCAUUGACAUGGGCAGUUCUCGAUAAAUUGUUGAGCAGGGUGUCUCAACUGGAUGACAACGAAGGCAAAAUACUCGACAUCGAAGAAGUGUGUGAGUUGGCUCGAAAAUUCUGUGACAUUAUGACACAAAGAGAAUGUCGAUCGGCACUGCAGUAUUUAUCAAGUUUGAGCACAAUUGCAUUUUAUUCUGAUGUGAGUGAGUUAGAUCAGAAGGUCUUUACUGAUCGGCAAUGGCUGGUCAAUGUUCUCACUGUCUUUGUUACCAUCCUUGAUAAGAGCAACUUGCCACCAGGUCUUUGGGAAGAUCUGAAGAAAUUGAAGGAAGAAGGAAUGAUGUCAUGGUCAUUGGCUCACUAUCUGCUGCUGCAGAAAGGUGUCAAGGAAAGUCAGUUUGAGUCCAUCUUGCACGUGCUGCAUCUAUUUGACAUCAUCUGUCCUAUGAUCACAUCACCAGAGAUGCUGAAGGCUGUUGUGAAGGUUGGACAGUCAUUCUUUGUUCCUUGCAUGCUGGAACAGAGAUAUGAUAACAAGUUGGCAUGGCAGCAAAUGGCCGGUUCUACUGAAUUCCCUCCAUCUCUCAUCUUUUGUCCUGACGGGUUUGAUGCGACUCCCGAGCCGAUGUACUUUCGCUUGGUGUCUCGUUGUGCCACUGAAUAUGCCCAUUUUCGUCCAGCACUGAAACGACACUGUGCUGUCUUUCACGUGAAUGAUGAUCUUGAGCUUGAUCUGGAACUGGUUUACCAUGAACUGCAUUAUAUCAUUGCUACAGUAUGUUCUCCUCGUCAAGUUCUUCCUCGUCAUGAGCUGAAACAUCAAUGUAGCAUCAUUCGUCAGUUUCUGAUUGAUCAGCUGAAUGAGGCCAAGAAACGAGGAUUGGAUGGCUUCAAGUUCACUGUCUGUGUUCAGCUUCCCUCAACUGGAGCUGAAGAUGCCCAGUCAAUAGAUGAUGAUUCUCUUGUGUGCAUUGAUAAAUAUCCAUCUCAAAAAGGUUUAAUGAACCAGAAGAAUGAGCGUGUGCCACGAGAGCAAUUUCCCACUUUGGAUAUCUGGUUUAGCGACUCAAUGAAAGUCUCAGCUAUUAAUGCUGCUCUUUUAUCGAAACUUGAUGAUAAAUUGAGUGCUGACCAGUUGGUCAAAGUAGCUCGUCAAGUUGCUCACAACUGGGAGGAAUUUGUUGCAGUUCUAUCACCAACAAUGUUUUCUGCAGCACAAAUUGGUGUCAUACAUGACUCGUACUCAAAACCGUUCUCAAGGGCUCACACUGCACUCUCUCAGUGGGCUGACAAUAUGGACAAAGCAGCAACACGUCGUUUGGUAAUUUCAACGUUUUUGGAAAUGGGCAUGAGACAAAAGGCAUCUCAUAUAUUUAGUGAUGACUUGGUAGAGGUUAUUAGUCGGGGUGACUAAAUAUCUGUGAAUACAUAUCACAUAGAAAUGAGAGAAGAUAAUUGACAUUCAAUUUUGUGGUCAAUUUUGCAGCAAAAUAUGGUUGCAACGUUUGUAAUAUGCCAAUGCUAACGAGCAACAGCAAAUUAAUAGGAAUUGCUGAGUGUG